GCCCUACUUUUUCACAGAGAAAGCCUGGCGUGCUUCGGUGUGUUGUACGUUGUUUUGUUCAGCAGGUUUGUGUUGUACGCUCGAAAUCACAAUUCCCUGAUUUCCUCUCUCUCAGUGGCUUUCCCUUUGUUGGUUCUGGCUGCGUGUAGUAUCUGUCGUUGGACGUGACCGAAUCGCGAAAGCUAGUACACUUUUAAAAACCUCAAAAACCCUAGAACAAGAAAUUCCUCAUUUUUAUGAAUGCCCUUCUCAUAAUUCGAGGUGGUGCUAGCUAUGGAUAUUGAUCAAUCGGAAGAAGAGAGCGCAAGAAAAUCCGAUGAGUUGCGAAAACUCUCGACGAGCGGCGGGCUGUCUACGUCUAUUGCCAAGCUCUCCGGUUCGUUGCGCGUCGUCCCCACGGAGAAAGACUUCCAUUUCUACAAUAACUUCAAAGAAUUCAAGAACCCCGUCCAAGAAAUCGAUGGAAAGGCAAAGAAUUUACUGCAGAAUAUCGGGUCGUUGGAAGAUUUAUUUGGAAAGCCGAUACCCUUGCCCGACGAUAAAGAGGUUGCGCUCGAUGAAGAUGCGGGUCUUGAUUGGGUGGAGAAUGUGAACGACGAGCUUUUCGAGAGGUUUGAUGUGUCAGUGGAUGAGUUCAAGAGCCUGCGCAAGAAGGAAGAGGAGACUGGUGUGAGAACAAUGAGAGUUAAUCCCGAUGACGAAAAUGGGUUUCAGACUGUUUAUGGAAAGAAAAAUAAAAAAUCAUUGGGAAAGAAUUUGGAGGUUGAAGCGAAGGGGGCGAGUCAAGAAGUGAAAGUGGCGGCCAAGAUGAAGGCAAAGGUUCCGUUUCACAUACCGACGAUUCCAAAGCCGCAGGAUGAAUACAAGAUUAUUGUGAAUAACUCAAACCAGCCGUUUGAGCAUGUCUGGUUGGAGAGGAGCGAGGAUGGGUCUAGGUUCGUACAUCCUCUGGAGAAUCUGUCAGUUCUUGACUUUGUAGAUGAAAUUAUAGGUGAGCCUGUAAAGCCUCCUCCAAUUGAAGAUACACCCUUCAAGAUUGUAGAAGAAGUUAAAGAUUUGAAGCAGGUGGCUAUGAAAUUGCGCCAUGUUGAUGAAUUUGCGGUUGAUUUGGAGCACAACCAGUAUAGGUCCUUUCAAGGAUUGACAUGCCUGAUGCAAAUAUCCACAAGAACAGAGGAUUUUGUUAUAGAUACACUAAAACUUCGUGUUCAUGUUGGACCUCAUCUCAGAGAAGUGUUCAAAGACCCCACUAAGAGAAAGGUAAUGCAUGGGGCAGAUCGUGAUAUCGUGUGGCUUCAACGGGACUUUGGCAUAUAUGUGUGCAAUAUGUUCGACACGGGACAGGCUUCAAGAGUAUUGAAAAUGGAAAGGCACAGCCUUGAGUACCUGCUGAAUCAUUUUUGUGGAGUUGUGGCAAACAAAGAAUAUCAAAAUGCUGAUUGGAGAAUUAGACCUCUACCUCCAGAAAUGCUGAAAUAUGCUAGAGAAGAUACACAUUAUUUAUUAUACAUCUAUGACCUUAUGAGAGCAAAGUUGCUUGAGUUACCAAUUGAUUCUGAGAGUUCUGAGCCUCUUCUUUUUGAGGUGUACAGCCGAAGCUAUGAUGUAUGCACUCAACUUUAUGAAAAAGAACUUCUCACACAGACCUCCUACCUUCACAUUUAUGGGUUGCAGGAUGCUUAUCUGAGUGCCCAGCAGCUUGCGGUUGUUUGUGGACUCUGUGAAUGGAGGGAUGCUGUUGCUCGGACAGAAGAUGAGAGCACUGGUUAUAUCCUGCCCAAUAGGACUCUUAUUGAAAUUGCUAAACAAAUGCCCCUCACCGCGAACCAGCUGCGUCGUGCUCUGAAAUCUAAGCUUCCAUAUGUUGAACGGAAUCUUGGUUCGGUGAUUAGCAUUAUAAGGCAUGCUAUCCAAAAUGCUGCUGCAUUUGAAGAAGCUGCUAAACAACUUAAAGAGAAACGCUCGGAAAUGAAGGCAAAUGCAGAGAAUGUGAUGGCUACAGAAGAACCCGACUUAAUGAACUCAGAGGCCCCUGAAAUAUUAAAGAAUGCUGAGGAUGUCAAUGAUUCACACAAUAGCACAUUAUUGGAGAACUCCUCAACCUUAAAACAAGAUGAAGGGAAAACUCAAGAUAUUAGAAACUGUAACGCUGAAGUUGCUCCAUCUGCAAUGGCUGCUACUAGUGUAUCACCUGGGGAACCGCAGAAUACACAAUUCAAGCUUAACUCUUCAAAUUCAGUUGGAGCAACUGUUCAGAUAUUAAAGAAACCAAGCCGGGCUUUUGGGGCAUUACUUGGAAAUUCAGCAAAGAGGAAACAUGAUUCUGAUAAAACAGAACAAGGACAUGCGAAAUUGGAGCAAAUAAAGUCAACAGUGAGUCUUCCAUUCCAUUCAUUUUCAGGCACCUCCACCCAAUCAAAUUCUAAAGUUGAAGAAUCUGCCAUGAGAAUGGAAACCCUGCAUCAAGAAAAUGUUUCAGCUCCUGCUCCUGGUUCAACUUUAGAAGAUGUUAUUGUUUUAGAUGAUGACUCAGAUAUCGAAGAUUUAUCAGCAAAAGAUUAUUCCAAUGCAGCAGCAUCUGAUGAUCAGUUAAAACAACCAGAAAAUGUGGAAGAUGGUUCUGCCUCCAAUUCUGAGGAUGAGCCCAUGUCACUUUCUGAAUUAUCCUCCAGCUUUGACAAGUGCUUCCCUCCACUGGAUCGCACCACCUUGGAUUCAAAAUCAGUUGAUAAAUCUCAACCAUUGUCCUUACAGGUGGAACCUUUUGACUAUGACACUGCUCGAAAACAGGUGAAAUUUGGGGAAGAUUGUGAUGGCACAGAACCAAUGGAUGAAGAUGGUGAAAAUCGUAGGAGGUCUAGCAAAAAGGGCUCUGCCGCAGCCAAGUCAAAGAAUGAUGGUGGGACAACAAAUCUUCCACAGGGCAGACGGCGGCAGGCAUUCCCAGCAUCUGGCAAUCGCAGUGCGACUUUCCGGUAAGAGUAGGCAGUGGCUUAAUAUAGUCUCUACUUCUGUGAUGGUGUAGGGAAUUAUUGUUCGGAACUUUAACAAAUUUGGCUUAAGAAAAGAACGAUGGGAAGCUGUCGAAAGUUCUUAAAA